ACAAUUAUGAAGAAUUUAUUCAAAAUACUCUUUCUUCUGGCUAUUAUAUCUGUCCAGUGUAAUCUUGGAGAGGGUGGAUGUGUCUCUCGACAUCAUGGGAAUAGAUAUUCACAAUCAGUUAAUCAAGGAGUUGGAAUGAACUCUGGAAAUAUUGGUGCACUGGACACAGGAACAUGUUCUUCGCAAAAUUGAUUUAGUUUGGUACAUUUCAAGUCAACUUAUACCAUACUAUUUAGAAACAAAUAAGACUGUA